AUGGAUCCCCAGAGCGUAGCCUUCCAGCCGCGCGACGAUUUCUGGCGCUUCCAAAGCGAGAUGCUCCGAGUGCAGGAGAACCAAGCCGACCUCGCUGAUCGCGUCGCUCGCUUGGAGCGCAAGCACGAAGACGACUCGCGCCUGAAGAACGUCUGGGGGACAUCAUCGCCCUUCCCUUCGGUGUUGGGGGGAACCCCUCAACAGGUGCCCCUGCAGCAGCCGACCGCCGAGCACUUUACAAACUUCGACGACCAGUCCAGCAAUCUCAUCGGCAACCUGCAGCUGGACGCCGAUGAAGAGCCUCGUCGCGUAGGCGCCACAUCCCGUGCGAAUAGUGUUCGCUUCGACGAGACAGCCAACCACGGUCACUGGGCACAUGCAUCAAGGUCGUCGUUGGACCUGAUACCCCGCACUGGCAGUGGCAUGGGCGGCCAUGUCAUGAGCGAGCGCAGCUACUCUCACAAAUCAGAUGGAAGGCAGAGCUCUGCCGGCCACUCGGUACACUCCAUGGCCUCUGGUCGCGCGAACAGUCUUACUAGCUUUGGACCGACAACGCCUCAAGACGCCCCAGGGCUGGCUCCUGGCUUGUUCAUUCUCGGCUCCGUUCCUGCCAUAAUACGUUGCUGGCUCAACACUAACUUCAGGCACGAUACCCUGUUGUACGCAGCAGUGUGUUCAGGCUCAUACACAUCCCAUCUGGACUCUUACAUGGUCCACCACCUAGGCUUCCAGGAUCGCGUCGUUAUAGGCGAGGAUGGUGUUCGCAAAAUCAAGCUCUCUGUAUAUCUCCCAGAGGCCGUGCCUAUCUCAGCGUCUUCGCGAUCCGACAGUCCAGCUCCGCAGCUCCCUUCGGUGGGGGUGAAUUUCACUGUCACUGAGGAGCACAAUGCUGAAGUCAAUCCAAAAGCUAUUCAAAUUUUCCUUGGCAGCGAUAUGCUUCGAGAGCAUAACGCCGAUCUUCUUUUCUCUUCUAGCCAACUAACACUGUAUGAUGAUGACCGCAGCAAGCUUCAGAUACCACUCGUGCGCCCUGAAGAUGAUCGCGCUUUCAAAUUCUUGCACACUAGCGGUGCUUCCACGGCGCAUCUAAACCGCACAACUUCAGCUCUUGCUUCAACGCAGUCGAGCCACAUGAUCGAGAGGUCCGCCGCUUCAGCAACUCGUGAACCUUAUUCGUCGACUGAGAAGUCGAAUGGCCAAGGGCCAGCGACUAGUUCUGAUGAUGGCGGGUCCAGUGGACACGGGAGUCUUGAACAGCGACCUCAACUCGGACUCUCCACAUCGAAUCGCUCUGACACCAAAGAUGCUCCAGACUCAGGCCUUGCUAAUGGAGUGCCGCGCACAGGAGCCUCUCCAGCUAUCUGGAGCAAUUGGCGCCGUGACCAAGCAGAGAAGGCAAACACGGGCUCUUUGGAUUGGGCUAAUGUGGGUAAAACUACCAGCUCAAAUCCCAGUUAUCAGCGACGUGAUACAGGCAUCAAAGUUCUGAAGCCCUCUAGAUCGACACGUACGUUAUCCACGUCAAACUCAUCGCCAGUCACAGGACAGUCGCGCUUUUUUGAUGAUGGAAAGCGAAGGGGUGAGGGCGAAGCGACCAGUGACCUUGCGCCUCCUCAGGUGAAGAGGACUGUGUCUGGAGAAAAGGGCAGGGAAAACGUGCCUGCACUGUCGAAACCUCGAUCCGCGAACCCACGGAAGAUCGUGGUCCCGCCAAAAGAUUCGUCCAACCUCGACGGCAACCAUUCACCGAAUGUGGGAAGCGUCGGUGUAGGGUCCCCUCGCUCCUCCCCGCAACCCUCAGCGUCACCACCGCGCUAUCUGCCACCGCACCUGCACGACGAAGUUCUAGUUGACGCUCCUGACUCUGGAAGUCUUGCCGCGAGAGACAACAGCAAUUACACGGGGGCAAGCUCACCCAGCGAGGCCUACGCCAACCUGACCCUCGACAGCCGCGAGGGCUCCUUCACCGAUCUCGACCGCAUACGAACUGCCGAGCAACACUCGCAGAGGCCUCCUCCACGGGCAUCGUCACCCGCCAAGCGCCUCCAUUCAGACAUGGACGACAAGCCGGACGCCGACAACACACGCACCAACGACGCGCAGUCGGGCUCCCGAGCCGGCAAGCCCCUGCCUACAAGCACAUCACAGCGCAGUGCGCGCGCAACUUCGGUCGAGAUGGCCGAUGCGCCCAACGGCAGCGGCCUCGACGGCCACGGCGACGCCUCUCCACGUACCGACAUGCCCAGCAUCGACGAGCAGGUGACUCGCGUCAUGGGCAUGAUGUCUACAGAGGCUCUGGUGGACCGGCAGGAGGGCUAUGUUAUCUCUGAGCAGUGGCUAGAGCGUGUCUGGGCAAGGACGUCGGAAAACAUAAGCAGGCCAAACGACUUCAGCAAAGACGCAACCGAGGGUCCUGUCGGCGCGGUAGACAAUUCGCAUCUUGUCGACACGGAGCUGAUGCACGAGGACCUGGUCGACCAGCAUGGAGAAGACUUUGUCCCGCUCAGCAAGGCGGCGACUCUGGGUCAAGAUUUUGAGAUCCUGCCCCGUAAAGCAUGGGACUUGGUUCAAAGCUGGUAUGGGCUCGACAAGUCAAGUCCUAUCAUACGUCGGUACGCCCACAACACGGUACCAGGAGGAGUAAGCGAAGACAUUUCCUACGAGCUGCACCCUCCCAUCUUCACAAUCCGAAAAGUGCGAAAAUCUCCAAACCCCACCGACAGCGCCACACCAGCCGCAAAGCUCGUUGCGAGCAGAUACGAGAGUUUCGUUGCCUUCAUUGAAGCCGCGAAAAAAGCCGCCGGCAUUGAUCUCAACAACAAAGUCCGCAUUUGGCGGAUACUCACGCCUGCUCCCACAGAUCAGCCCCAGCCAUCGCAACCCUCUGGCAUAUUAACACCUGACGCGUCCCCUCGUAACGGAUCUCCCAUUGCGCCAGCACCUGCUCAGCGGCCUUCGCUUGUCAUGGGCGUCGAAAGUUUCAAUGGUCUUGCCUUUGGCUCGGAGCGCGAGCUGGUUACUGGCAAAGAUGAGAAAGACAACGAGGCUUCCAACGAGGACCUUACCUUGGCCGAUGCUGGUUUGACCCAGGACCAAAUUAUUGUACUUGAGGAACACGAUGAAAAAGGCGAAUACAUAGCAGAGACCACCAAAACGGCGUCAAAGAGCAAGACUAAUGCUUUGGUUGGCAAGAGCAAUCCUAACAGCGGGAGGAGUACUCCAACGGGAGGCCCUGUAACGCGUGGAAGGAAGCAGAAUGGCAAAGUUCGUGGCCACGUCGGGCUUACGAAUCUUGGCAACACGUGUUACAUGAACUCCGCUCUCCAAUGUCUACGAAGUGUCGAAGAGCUAAGCAUGUACUUCCUAAACAACAAAUGGAAGGACGAAGUCAACGUGGACAACCCCAUCGGUUUCAAAGGUGUCAUCGCCAAGUCGUAUGCCGGGCUACUGAGCUCUAUUUAUGGCUUUGACAACAAUUCCUCCGUCUCGCCCAAGGACUUUAAGCUCAAGCUAGGCAGGGCUAACCCAAUGUUCUCUGGCUAUGGGCAGCAGGACUCUCAAGAGUUCGUCAGCUGGCUGGUCGACGCGCUCCAUGAAGAUCUAAAUCGUAUCAUCAAGAAGCCGUACCUAGAGAAUCCCGACUCUGAUGACAAUACCUUUCGCGAUCCAGAGGCAGUCAAGCGACUCGGUGAGAUUUAUAGACAAAAUUACUGGGCGCGUAACGACUCUGUAGCCAUGGAUUUGUUCAAUGGAUUCUACAAGAACACCAUGGUAUGCCCAGAUUGCGAGAAAGUCAGCAUUACUUUCGACCCAUACAGUCAGCUCACCUUGCAGCUGCCGGUAGAGCAGUCCUGGUCUCAUACCAUCACUUACGUGCCACUGACUGGCAAGCCUGUCCAGAUCGAGCUUGACGUCGACAAGAACACCACAAUCAAAGCUUUGAAAGACUUUGUCUACAGCCACAAAUACUAUCGACACUUGGACGACGCUUCCACAAUAGCGGAGUCGAAUAUAGGCGCACGAGAUGACAUCUACUUUUAUGAAUUGGAAAUGGCUCCUAGCAACUGGCCAGUUCCUAAGAAGAAGGGCUCCAAAUAUCGUGUGAUGCUUUCACAGUCCUCUGAUGAGGAGAUUCCGGAGACAGUUUCGCCGCUCCAUGACCGCGUUGUAUUCCCAAUGUUCCACCGGAUACCCAGCCAGUCUGCAUACAGGGCGACGGGACAGUCCAUGGCAUUGUGGCCUAGUUUUAUCGUCCUCACCAGGGAGGAAGCGAAGGAUUAUGACACAAUCCUCCGAAAGGUUUUGGCUAGGGUUGCUGGGAUGACUACUCGCCCAAUUCUCAGUGAGCUUAGUGGACAAGACCAGUCGCGUCCUGGGUCCGACGUUGUGUUGACAACAGAAGAGGACGCAUCACCAAACGAUCCCCAAGUCCAAGAUGGAUCUGUUGAAGGCGAGGACAUGGUUGAGGUUACAAUGACGGAUGCAAAGGAUACGCCUGUAGCUCGAACUAACGAAGCUGAUGAAAUUCCUGAGAUUCUUCGACCGGGCAGCUAUAUCCAUCCGGAGUUCAGGAAUCUGUUUGAGAUGAAGCAUACAAGAAAGAGCUCGGAGAUCGUUACCACUGGCUGGAGUACCGUCGAUUACUCAAAACCACUUGAACCUAUCUCGAAGCGAAUCAAGAUACCAUCAUCCCGAGAGGAAUCUGUACAAUCGUCUGCUGCUGGAAGCGAGACUACUUCCAGCGAUGAAGAUGAGGAUGCAUCACAGGCCACGAUCGUUGAUGCGGACGCAGUAAUCGAUGCAGCCAAUGUUAGUAGCGACGAGGAAAUGCAGUCCAUCGAGCCAGAAGCUCCAGAGUUCGCUCGGUCUGGCCGCCAGAACAAGAAGAAGAGCAAAAAAGCGCGCAAACACGAGCGCAAGAUGGAACGAAAACACAAAAACAACAAGAACUUCAAGAACAAGAAAGCAGGCAAGGUACCAGACCAACCGAACUAUCCGGAUGAUCCUGAAGACGAGUCUGACGAAAGAUUGCUUCGAAUGGGCGAGGCUCUUGUUCUUGAUUGGGAUUCCAAAGCUUAUGACGCUCUGUUUGGGGCCACAACGGCAGAUGAUCCCAGGGGCGCGGACUCGAUGAAGUCGAUUGAACUCCUCGAUGACCCAGAGCUUCAGGAGAAGAAAGAGAAGCGUGCAGCCCGUCGCAAGCAUGGCAUCAAUCUCGAUGAGUGUUUCAAUGAAUCCUCCAAGAGCGAAGUGCUCUCGGAAGACAACGCGUGGUACUGCAGCCGUUGUAAGGAAAGGCGUAGGGCAACAAAAACACUCGAGAUCUGGACUGUUCCCGACAUUCUCAUCAUACAUCUCAAGCGCUUCAGUGGAGCGAGAAACUUCCGAGACAAGAUUGAGGAUCUGGUCGAUUUCCCCAUAGAGGGACUAGACUUGUCUGGCAAAGUCGGCUUCUCUGAGGGCAAGGAUCUCACUUAUGAUCUGUUCGCUGUCGACAAUCACUUCGGUGGGCUUGGAGGCGGUCAUUACACAGCCACUGCGCAGAACUUCUUCGACAAGCAGUGGUACGACUACAAUGACUCAAUAGUGACCAAAUGCGAAUCGGGACGGAAAGCUGUAUCAAGAUCAGCCUACCUUCUGUUCUACCGACGCCGUUCGCCUGUCCCUUUAGGCCCUCCCUCCCUUCAGCAGAUUGUAACCGCCGACAUCAGCAACCCCGGCUCUGACGAAGAUAACGACACAGAACUUCGCUCCCGCUCACCGGCGGGAAACGGCUUGCGCCUCGGCGAUUCGUCCCGCAAUGGGUCGUCGAGCGCUGGCGCAGUCGCAGCGGGAGCCGUAGCCCUGCGCGCGGGUGGUUAUCCGCGCUCAGCAGCCGCGAACCGUCCAAAGAACGGAGUCGCAGCCGCGAGCCAGAGUGAUGAAGAAGAGCUGCCGGCCUAUGCCGAUGAUGAGGGUUACGCUGACGAGAUCCCGUACAACACCAGCACUAAUGUCUGGGAUGAUACUGACCAGCCAGUCUGGAGCUUCAACAGCCUCAAUAGCACGGGCUUGGGUGGUCGCAACGACUCCGACGAUGACGGCAUUGCAUCCGAUACUGGCGCUCUGGGUUCAGAAGCUGACGAAGGUGGCUUGGGUAAUAGGCUGAUGGAGGACUUUGGUGACGACGGCCCAGUAAAGAGUGGUUGGAGUGGUGUCAACACACCUAUUACACAUCAGGACGACGAAGUAGCUGAAAUAAGGCUCGUUGGCGACGAGUGA